UACUCCUUUGCACUCCCCUACUCACAGUUCAGCACUUCAACAGGCGCACGUGGAGACAACACCAGUUGGUCUGCAGUCCGCGCACGCUCGGCUUAGUGUGCGUGUUAUUGUUGUGCGUGGAACUUUAUGGUGUCCGCACAGCUGCUUCUCACUCCUUUUUCUGAGCCGUCCGCGCGGUAAAAAGACCUGCUGUUGAGAAUGAGUCCCGCAUAACUUCGGGUAUUGUUAUCUACCCCUCCUUUCACUCUUCCCCCCCUGUCCCGCGCUCUCUAAGUUGAAUCAUUUUAAGUAUGGUAGAUAAAGGCCCCUUGUUGACUUCUGCCAUUAUUUUUUACCUGUCCAUUGGGGCAGCAAUUUUUCAAGUCCUGGAGGAGCCCAAUUGGAAGCUGGCUGCAAAAACGUACAGUGCCCAGAAGGAAAAAAUACUUCAGGACUAUCCCUGUCUGACGAAAGAUGACUUGGAAAGAAUACUAGAGGUGGUGUCUGAUGCUGCAGGCCAAGGGGUCACUAUAACUGGCAAUAAGACCUUCAACAACUGGAAUUGGCCAAAUGCUGUUAUCUUUGCUGCUACGGUUAUCACCACUAUUGGAUAUGGGAACAUUGCUCCCAAGACGUCAACAGGCCGUGUAUUUUGCAUCUUCUAUGGUCUGUUUGGCAUACCUUUGUGUCUUACCUGGAUCAGUGAGCUAGGAAAGUUCUUCGGUGGUAGAGCCAAGCACCUGGGCCAGUAUCUGACUAAGAAAAGAUUUUCACUGAGGAAGGCUCAGUUUACCUGCACAGCAAUUUUUCUGCUCUGGGGUGUGCUGAUCCAUUUAGUUCUUCCACCUUUUGUGUUUAUGUGCCAGGAGGGUUGGACAUACAUUGAAGGCUUGUAUUUCUCAUUUGUCACCUUGACUACAGUUGGCUUUGGGGACCUGGUAGCAGGUGUGGAUCCAAAUAAAGAUUACCCAGCUCUGUACCGUUACUUUGUGGAAGUGUGGAUUUACCUGGGGUUGGCCUGGCUGUCUUUGUUUUUUAACUGGAAAGUGCGUAUGGUGAUUGAAGCUCACAAGGCCCUGAAGAAACGGCGCAAACUGCGCAAACUCUCUCUUGAUGAGCUCCAACAAUACAAGGAAUCUCACAAGGCUGCCCUUCCUUUGCCACCCCCUUCUAAUGAUGUCAACAUCUUCGGCUUCUUGUCCAAAAAGAAGGAAGGCUACAAUGACUUGAUAAAGCAGAUUGGCACAAAAAAGGAUGGCAGAACCAACAGCAGCACUAGCAGCACUACCAAUAAUCCAAAAGAGACUGUUCGUUCAAAGAGUUGCAAUGAUGCUCCCGUGUUUAAUGGCCACACCAUCCUCAGUCUUGAUCGUUCACCUCGCCAAAAGCGACACUAUAGUUUUAGUGACCGUGUCACUGUUGCUUUUUCCAAGUCCAAGAGCUACCUGCUGGGCUCAGACAGUGGUUUGCUGUUAACGGAGGAAAGUCUAGAGGGUGAACUAGAACUUGACGGGGACCAAAUGUUUGAAAACCAACUUGACAAGGAUGCCGACUUGGAGACCGGAGGAGUGGCAGACUGCGGAACAGGUGGUCAGAGGACAUGGGAUUCUAAAGAGUACCGGUCCUUAACAUUUAAAAAUGCGAACAUUACGUUUAUUGACGAGGAGAACUUUCUCAGCAAUAACUUGGAGGAGGAAAAGGAGGAGAUGGAGGAUGACGAUGAGGAUUCUAAAGCAAAACUAUCCAUUACCACAUGUGAUGAAAACAUUGAAACAAACUCUAAGCAAGAAACAAGUUCAGAAUCUGAGGGGUCUGUGUUCACUAGUGACAGUUCAGAAUACAGUCAAUCCUAUGAGAAACUUGUAGAGGAAUAUGCAAAGGAAGAAAACACAGGACCCUGAGUUGGUAGUCUUUAAAAAUGUAAAGUCAACGCAUCUUCCUGGUCCUCUAUGGUUGACUUGGUUGGCAUUUAAAUAUACUCUGUUGGCAGUUUAUUAGGUAUGCCUAGCUAAAACUAAGUCAGUCUAAUCCAGUAGAGCUGUGUUAAACUGUAUUAGCUUUAGCUAGGUUUGCCUAUUGAACUCCCAACUGAAUGGAUAUUCAAUGUCCCAUUGCACUUUCAGGGUUUGAUUAUGGAACUGUAAAGCUAAGAUCAAGUUUUAAAUUUGGAAUUUCAUUUUGACUCAUUUCAGCUGAGCUUCCUGCAACGUGUAAAUGGAUAUGGAUUACAGAGCUUGACGUAUGAGUAUUUAACAUCUGUUGUAUUUGGUUUUUACACAGCUUUGGAAACUUUAU